AUGAAAAUUUAUUCGAUUUUCCCUUUGAUUUUUAAAAUUAGCAACCCUAUAAGAAUUGAGAUAAUUCAAAUCGUCCCUUGGCAUUACUUGCUUAUGAUUUUUAAGAAAAUAAUCGAAUUAUCGUUGUAAAUAUUUGGAAUCUAAUUUGUGUAAGGGGUAGUAUAGGAAUCCUAAACUUCCUUUGAUUUUGACAUUUUUGUUAAUAGGUAGAUAUUUUAUAAUUUGAACAUUAAAUAGAAGGAGUAACAAUUUAGUUCAAAAGGAAAUGAUUUGAAUCAACAUAAAGUCCUAUAACCUAUUAAUUAAAGAAUUGAAAAAGUAUAAAAUUUGCAAAACAUUAAUUAAAAUAAGAAAAACAAUAGGAUAGCUGAACUCUAUGAAGCUGAAGACUUAGAUGCUAAGGAUUAUGGAGAAGCUUUGUGA